CGGGCUUCCUGUUAGAGGCCUUCAGAGAAGGAGGAUCUUGGGAAAUUUGAGCAAUUCAGAGAACGCCUCUUGAGGAAGUAUUGCCAUCACCCCGAGCCUCAGUUUCUCCGGGUGUCCAGUGGCUCCUUCCGUGCAGCGCGUCAGCUCGGGAGGGAACGGAUUUAUUCAACAGCUCCGCCCCCCGGGCUGGGAAACCCGGCCGCGGAAGGUCCACGGUCCCCCGGGCCCAGGCCCCGCGCCGCCCCGCGUCGCCCCGCGUCGUCCCCCCUGGCCGCGCGCCACGAGCCCGGGAUGCAGCUCUCCAGCAGGGCGGCAGCCAGGGAGGCGGCGAGCCGCGACGUGCUGGCCGCGGACCUCCGCUGCAGCCUCUUCGCCUCGGCGCUGCAGAGCUACAAGCGGGACUCGGUGCUGCGGCCCUUCCCCGCCUCCUACACCCGCCAGGACUGUAAGGACUUCGAGGCCCUGCUUGCGGAUGCUGGCAGGUUACCCAACCUGAAGGAACUUCUCCAGUCCUCCAGAGACACAGACAAACAGGCCUGGGACCUGGUGAGCUGGAUUUUGUCCUCCAAGAUCCUGACAAUUCACAGCGCAGAGAAGGCAGAGUUUGAAAAGAUCCAGCAGCUGACGGGCUCCUCGAACACACCUGUGCCCACCCCGGACUUCCUGUUUGAGAUCGAGUACUUUGACCCAGCCAACGCCAGAUUUUAUGAGACCAAAGGAGACCGAGACCUGAUCUAUGCCUUCCAUGGCAGCCGCCUAGAGAACUUCCACUCUAUCAUCCACAGCGGCCUGCACUGUCACCUGAACAAGACGUCUCUGUUUGGAGAGGGGACCUACCUCACAAGUGACCUGAGCCUGGCCCUCAUUUACAGCCCUCACGGCCGAGGGUGGCGGCACAGCCUCCUUGGCCCGACCCUUAGCUGUGUAGCUGUGUGUGAGGUCAUCGAUCAUCCAGAUGUCAAGUGCCAAACCAAGAAGAAGGACUCCAAGGAAGUGGACCGCAGCAGGGCAAGAAUCAAGCACAGUGAAGGGGGGGAUGUCCCCCCUAAGUACUUCGUAGUCACCAAUAACCAGCUUGUGCGGGUCAAGUACCUGCUGGUGUAUUCUCAGAAGCAGCCUAAGCGGGCCUCCAGCCAGCUCUCCUGGUUGUCCAGCCAUUGGUUCGUGGUCAUGAUGUCCCUGUAUCUGCUGCUGCUGCUCACUGUGAGUGUCACCAACUCCUCCACUUUCCAACACUUCUGGAAUCGCGUGAAGAGAUGAUGCCAGGCGCUCGGAAUGGGGGCCACUUACCCGUGUGCCUUAUGGGAGCUUGUCCCCUACCUCCUGUGACUCCCAUCCAGCCAGGUCGAGUCUGGGGACCCGUUGUGGGGGUGUGCACAGGAAGAUUUUCAUAUGCCAUAAAUGUAUGGAUUGCCUUUGUUGGUGUGCCCAGCCACAGACUGGUCAGUGGGGACCCCUGGCCCCUCACUUGUCAGUUUCAGGGGUGUCUUCCCAUCUGCUUCUUCCUAAGUAGUUUAGGGAGGUGGCUCUUCAGCCAGGGCCAGAGGAAAAAGUCCUGCUGCGUUUAAAAGUGUCCAAGCUGUCGGUGGUGUGUUUACAAUCACUCAGAGGGAGGCUGGCCCUAGCUUCGAUGCCUUUUGGAAGACAGAACAUGUGCAACGGGGAUGAUAAAUCGUUAGGCGGUUGCCUUGUUUUGACUCGAGACACCCAAGAGGGACAGUUGUGUUUCUCAUAAAAAUCAGUGGGAUCGUUCGGGGAUUCUGUCAGCUUUAGUCUGCGGGUGCAAAACAUUUUAACGGUUUUCUCAGAUCAACAAACAGUCUCUGCUGCAGCUGUACCUCCUCCCCAUCUUAACCACACAAGAGAAGGAGCCACGAGCAGGAUAACAAAAUGCACACUUAACAACUAGAAACUCUUGUCAUCUUUUUCUAAAAAAGACCAACUGCUGAUCACAGCUGAAACAGAACCAAAUGUUUGUUUUCUGUUGUUUGUUUUUAAUUAACUGUUUGAUAAAUUAGCUUCUAUGAGCAGAAUAAAAGGGGUGAUGUCUGGGAGUGGCCCAGAUCCACAGCAUCUUUCCUGGCUCUGUUAUAGAGAGAAGGAAGGAUCCAAGCCAUAGGCUCGCUAGGGUCUUCAGUCCCACAAAGCUGCCUUGAUACACAACACUCUAGGCUUUUAGGGGUUCGGUGGCUUUCCAAACAGAGGCCUGCCUCAGUGGGCCACAGAUGUACACAGGCUGAGUCUCCCCGAGAGGAGCCGUCGUCUUUGCGAGUAAGCCUGAGCAUUAGCUGUAAGCAGAGAGCCCCAGCUCUGUGCUGUGGUAACUCCCUCCUUCCAGCCAGGCUUCUACCAGGAAAGAGCCCUGACUGCUGGGAAUGAGAUUUCCACAGAGAAGCAGAAAACAAUUUUUUCCUACAGUUUGUAAAGUUUGUGAAAAAGCCACUAUUAUGAGUUUUAAAUCAAGUAGUGGGACAUUUAAAAACCAAUAAAGAUAUUUUCCUAAAUACCAA